CUCAGCCUGUCGAACAGAGGAGCGUCAGUGCCGGGCUGAUGAGGGAGCGCCGCGAGUGUCCAUGCGGGUGGGGAUUGAGGGAGCACCGCGUGCCCGUGCGAGUGGGGGAUCAAUGAGGAAGCGCCGUGCUCAGACAGGAGACUGGAGCGGCACGUGACAGCAAAGCUACAAACUCUGCCCAGCAUCCCCAAGUCACCCACUGCCACUCGCACCCAUGGACACACUCCCCCAAAAGGACAGGAUGUUGGAGGCUGCAACCAGCUGUCACUCGGCCUUAAAGCCCAAGAGAUUGGAUUUGGCCUGCACCUCGAUGAGUCGUGGAAGAGGAGGCGAGAAACCAGUGAGGGAGUCUCCGAGGAAGGAGCUGGUCAGUGGCACCUGAGGACCAGCGCCAGCGAGCCCCAUGUCUCCUCCUCCAGGGUCCGCUCCCUGUACAUGAGGAAGAGUGUGUCUGUGGAUGAGCACCUGGGCUGGCUGGAGUCUUCCCACGAUUCCUCAGGCAGCAGGGUGAAGGUCAAGCUCAGGAGGAAGUUGAGUCUGGGCUCCACGGACAAGAAGGAGUGUCUGCAGAAAAGGCUGGAGAGCAGUAAGGUGAGACUGGCUGUGUGGCUUAGGCACAAGGACAGGGUUGUCGCAGUGAGUGAAGAACCCCCACCCUGGUUCCAUCCCCGCCAACGCUCACUCAGCUUGGAUUGGUCGUCACCACCCAGGAUGAACCAGCAGGUCCGGGACCUCCAGCUUGCACAUGGCCAGAGGGUGGUGUCUCCCUCUUCCCCAAGUGCUGCCAAGCGGCUGUACAGGAACCUAUCGGGGAAAUUCAAGGUUAAUUACACAUCCUUCGAUGAGACCAGUUUGUUGGGCAGAAAUGAGAAGAACAAGCAGCGGAAGUCGUGCCCGAAUUUCCAAGGCAAUGAGGCGGUCUUUGAAGCGGUGGAACAGCAAGACCUGGACGCUGUGCAGAUGCUGCUCAACCUGUAUACGACAGAGGAGCUGGACCUCAACACCCCCAACAGUGAGGGGCUGAUGCCUCUGGACAUUGCCAUUAUGACCAACAACGUGCCUAUGGCAAAGCUGCUUCUGCAGGCUGGAGCGAAGGAGAGCCCACACUUUGUCAGUUUGGAAAGUCGGGCUGCACACCUGGCUACACUUGUGCGUGAGUCGGAGCAGCGUGUGAGUGAGUUGUCGACACAGGUGGUGAAUGAGGCCGCGGGUUCAGACCAUGCUGACAAGGAGAGGCAACUGAAAACCUGGGAGUGGCAGAACCGUCUCUUCAAACGGAUGAAAAGGGGCUUUGAACAUGCACGGGUCCCAGAUGCUCCAGUUCAGGUCUGGUUAUCCGUUGCAGGCAGCACCUCCAUACAGGUGACCUUCCAGGAACCUUUGAGUGUCAAUUCUGCAGUGGUUACAAAAUACAAAGUUGAGUGGAGCACAUUCGAUGAUUUCAGCUCAAUCACAGGAGAGAGCAUUCUGGAAGGCAUAAAGACGCUGACCUGCACGGUGACCGGACUGGUGACCGGCACGUCAUAUUACGUCCGGGUGUCUGCGUACAACAUGAAAGGCUGGGGUCCCCCACAGAGCUCCACACCGCCAUCCGCUGCACCUUCCUACUGGGGAGACUUUGAUAACAAGGAAGUGAGGCGACAUGGGAGGCUCGAGACCCUGGAGCAGCUGCUGAAUCAGAUGAAGACUCUUCACCAGCACUGUCCAUGUCAUGAAAACGCGAAAAUCCAUGUCCCAGGACGGAAACACUCAAUGUCCAAGAGCCUCAAGCACCUUUUUCAGCCCACAAGUAAAUUUGUUAAAAGUCUCAAAAGGGGCUUGUAUCUGGCUACCAUAUUGUAUAAAGAUGAUGAUGUUGUUGUCACACACGAGGAGCAGGUUCCUGUGGUGAACGUGGACGAUUCAUACUCCAGCUCUUUGAUGCAAGACUUCCUUUGGUUCAUGAAGGUAUCAUACAUGUGGGAAGACAGUCGUUGGCUCGCUCAGUGCAUGACUCCCUCCUCUUUGUCCUGCUCAUCUGUACUGCAGGCUCGUCACAACAUGCUUGUAGCUGUCGCUCAACUGCAGGGACUGCUUGGAACCCAGGAACUUGGCCAGCUGUACUUCGAACCUAUCAAGGACAGACAGGGGAAUGUUCUGAUUGUAACCAUGAGGGAACUCAGCUCCCAGCAGAGCCUGGAGAACGUCAGGUGGAUUCCGCUGGCUAAGAUUCAGAACCAGCGCAAGUCGCUGUCUGCGGCAGAUGAGCCUACGGCGCUGGACAUACUGCUGUCGACUCUACACGAGAAGGUGGCAUUUCACAGACAGAGCCAUGAAGUUCUCACUCCUGGACUUUACCUCGGCUAUCUCAAACUCUGCAGUUCAGUUGACCAGAUUCGGGUUCUUGUCUCCCAGAAACUGCCCAACAUCCUAUGUCAUGUCAAGAUCAGGAACAACCACAAUGUCUCCAGGGAUGAGUGGGAAUGGCUCCAGAUGUUCAGAGGCUUGGAUGAGCCCAGCCCCAUGGAUCCACGUGAGGAGAGUCCACAGACACGGUUCCAGGAGGAGUUGAGGGCAGCAGUUCCGGAGCUGGUUAAACGCUUUGCCAUCCCUUUACAACAGGUGAAGGAAUUGCGACUCUACAGUCAGGAGGUGUUGGAGUUUGCCGGAGAUUUAUCCUUCCUUCUGCUUCUGCCACCCUCUGAUGACGUGUGUACAGCCCCGGGACAGAACAGUCCCAGCCCCCAGUCUGGGCUUCUCACCCUGCCUCUGCAGACCUUUGAACUGGUUCACUUCUUCACCUAUGACAGGGCAUUCAUCAGGCAGUACUGCCAAGUGUCAGCUCUUCUGGAAUUGGACCUACUCCUGUCCCAGCAGGCACUGCGUGAAGCUUUCUCUGAUUCAGAGGUGGUGGCAGCUAAACACAGGCAUCAGCAAGUCCAGGAUUUAAUGCAGAAAAUGGAGGAGGUGUGGCGGGAGGUGCGCUGGAUAAUGGACGUGUUGCAGUAUGCCAGAUACAAGCAGCCACCAGGGGGCAUUCCUCUCCGCUGGCUGCUCAACUUUACCAGAGAGCGAGGAAAGGAGCAGCCGCAAAUUACACCAGCCAGCCUUGACUACCUGCCAUCGCCCAGUCCCUCUCCGGAGACCAAGCACCGGCAUCUCAGCCCUGCAGGAGGUUCACCCACCACAGCUGAUGAAGAAGGCACAUCGUCCAGUGAUCGUGAUUCCAGAGCUCAGAGCUCCAAACAGCUGGAUCUCAUCCCAUCCUCCUCCAGCAGAAGAAUCAGCCUCACCCAGGCAGAAGGCACUCCUGAUGUCUUGAGAGCACACGGGCCCCAGUCUCAGAAAGAUACCAGGCAUCUGCUCUUCUAUGACAGUGACUUUGUCCCCCCAAGCAGGCAGAUCGAGCUCUUGCAUAUUACAGAGAAAAGGCAAGCCUAUUGUGUCCGAACCAGCAGCCUUGAUGUCCCUGCUCAGCCUUUUCACAUUCAGAGAAACUGUUGGUCUCGAGCUGAGUCUCUGCAAGAAUCUCCAGUAGAACACAAUACCAAUGGCUCAGGGACAAAAGGAUAUCGGCUCAAUCAGGUCCACACCCUGUGCCCCGAGAAUACUCCAGAAUCAAAGGGUCCCACAGAGCGGAUUGCCCUUACACAGAGUUCUCUGGAGAAGGAGGCACCACCAGGGAGCCAACAGCUGAACUCUGUGAGUUUAAGUGUUUAUCCCCAGUACCAAACAGGAUUGGCCAAGGAAAUGAGUGUCAAGCUGUGCAUCAGUAGCAGAACAUCUGCACGGGAGAUUGUGACAUUGGUUAUAAGAGAAACGAAUGAGGCAGUGAGGAGGGUAAGAGGAAGGCCAGGAGUCCACCUGUACCGAGAAGACCAACUAGAAAACUUCGGCCUGGUCUUGCUGAUGGACAACACAGAGAAGUGGAUACAGGAUGAUGUUUCACCCCUCUCACUGCAGAACCCCUGGACCAAAGGCCGGCUAUGUGUCCGCAUGAGAGGGUGUUCCCCAUCGCUCACUCCACAAGGGACAGCAACAGCUGUGUGAGAUGUGGAGGGCCAUGCCCAUGACUGUGGACCCCAUCUGUUCUCUGUCCAGCCAAAGCCCAGUCAGCACUUAGGGAGAGCAGUAUUUAUCUCACCUGCACAAUCAACUGUUCCACUGGACUGAUGCAUACACAGAGCAGCAUUAUUCUGGGGUGUGGUAUUCAUGAUUUAUACAAAGGCAGCGGUUUCUUUGGGAUGUGCAACAUGUACAAUGUGUACAAGAUGGGAAUCGGUGAGUCUGACAGCUUUCACUGUCUACACUGGUUUUCACAACCAGUCCUCACAACCGUUCCACUAGUGGCUUCAGCAACACAGUGAAAUAGUCCCAAGAGGGCACCUGACAAUGCGUUCAGUGAUAAGGGUGCGAGGUGUUUGCUAGUUGUUGGUCCUUGAAUGAGUGAGCCCCAGGAUGUGGUGUAGAGGCAGGCUGAGCAAGAGCUUUCUAGUUUAUGCCAUCUGCUCCUCUCCCACAAAAAUCAGCAAUACAGUUCCCCUCUCCUUCUCUCUGGAGCCAUUCCCCAUUCUGGUUCUCUUCUCACUCCUUUCUCCUCACUUGCCCAUCUCUUCUCUCAUGUUCCUCUCCUCCUUCCCUUUCUCCCAUCAUCCACUCUAGUCUCCUAUCAGCCCUUUAUCUCAUCCACUUAUCACCCAGCUUCUCACUUCAUCCCCCCCUCCCUCCCCUAGCCACCUACCUCCUCACCUGGUCUUAUCUGUCACCUACCAGCUGGUACUCCUUUUUCUGCCUCACCUUCUUAUUCUGGCUUCUUCCCCAUUCCUUUCAGGUCCUGGCCCAAAAUGUCAACUGUUUAUUCCCCUCCAUAGAUGCUGCCUGACCUGCUUAGUUUAGUGUGUGUGAUUUUGUAUUUCUAGCAUCUGCAGAACCUCUUGUGCUGAUGUGUUAGUGAAGGUUUAAUUGAUGGAUCUGACCAGAAGGCUCCCUGCUUUAAUCACCAUUGUACCUGUGACAUCUCCUGCCUGGGCCAGUAACAUUCCCUUCAAUUCAGGAAUAUGUUGUUGAAGGUUGUUAGUGAUGCUUUGCUCCCUGAAAUGUGACAAUGAUGUUGUGCUAUUGUGGUGUGAACUUCUGAGGUUGCAUUGUCUGUACAUUAUCACACAUCCUUUAGAAAGCUGUCCGAUGGGAAUGAAACAGGAAUCCAGAGCAAAGUCUCUCAUUCAGCAAGCGGGAGAAUCCGCGGCUGAACAACGAGGAAGUCAGGUUCCCUCAACUUUUGUAUUGGCCCCUGGUCCCUGGAGGAGCCAUGCACAGAUUCCCCCAUAAGCCAGCACUGUGGGUCAGGAGAGCAGUGAUGCACGUCAAGGUUCUAUGUGACUUCAGCCAUCCACUCGGCGCUGCGGCGGUGAGCAAUCUCCCCAGAUCAGUACCCUGAUGGGGAGGGAAAGGCAACUGAUACUCAUUGUCUGCACACAUGUCAGAGACACUGGGAAUAACACACUCAAACACACAGACUGAUGCACAUCCCAGCAGCCAGCUCCACUUCCCCAUGUCUAUAUACACUCCCUGUCUGGGAGUCCUUUUGCACAGUUGUAGGGGGCAGUCCACAGACCCCACCACUGUCACCAGGGCCUGAGAGCAGCAAGGAGACCAUUCCUCCACAGCUCCCUGCCCUGCACUAGGGUUCACUUUGUGUGUUUGUUCAAGGUCUCAGUCAUAGCCCUAGUGGGAUCUGGGCUUUUCCAACUGUUUGUAGUUCACCACAGCAGCUUGCAGAAUGUGAGACAAUAUGGACCAGGAACCAGUGCAGGAACAGGGCCCAAUGUAGGACCCGGCAUAGUACCAGGAGCCAGUGUAAGACCAGGGCCCAAGCGCAGGACCAAGAGCCAGUGCAAGAUCCAGCAUAGGAGCUGGAGCCAAUGCAGGACCCAGCGUAGGGUCAGAGCCCAAUGCAGGACACAUUGUGGAAGCUAGAUACGAGACAUUCUGCAUGCAGUACAGUAUGUGUGAGCAUCAUUACUUUCCACAAGUUCUCAACACUGGUUGUGGGGCAUUUCUACCUUUCCCCCUCCCCUCUCCCUCACCCUCUCUCUCUCUCUCUCCCCCCCAUUCUCACUCUUGCUAACCUCUCUUUUUAGCCCUCUCUUGUGCUCUCUUUACCUCUCCCUCUCUCUUCCUCUCUUCCCUUUGUCAUCCAUCUUUCACGCCCUUUUCACUCUCCCUCUCACUCUGUCCCUCUCUCUCCCUUUCUCCCUCCCUCUCUCUUUGCCUCUCUUCCCUCUCCUCCCUCUCCCCAUCUCUCUUUACCCCUCCCUUUCUCCCCCUUUUCCUCUCUUCCUCUCUCCCUUUCUCCCCCUUUUCCUCUCUUCCUCUCUCCCUUUCUCCCCCUCCCUCUCCCCCAUCUGUCUCUCUCUCUCUCUCUGGUAUUAUUCAAAUCACAGCUGUACUUGUUUUCCCUCUGACAUCAUUGCUCGCUACACAUCCGCACUAAUCAGUUCAGUCACACUAUCAGCAGGGCACAAUUCAUCUCUCUGAACCAUUCUCUCCUCACCCUCUCCUCUCCCCCUUGUGCCUGAGUGAGCUCAGUCAGAGCCGUAUCCUCCCUUUGCCAGCAAUCCAUGUCUGAUGGGAAAUCAGUGAAAGGGAACUGAAGUAAGUACCAGGCGUAAUCUGGUUAGGAGACAGAGAGAGAGGGAGAGAGAGAGAGGAGAGAGAGAGAGAGAGAGAGAGAGAGAGAGAGAGAGAGAGAGAGAGAGAGAGAGAGAGAGAGAGAGAGAGAGAGAGAGAGAUAUGGCAGUGUAAAACCUGGAGAGCUGGAUCUGAGAUCUGUGCGGAUGGGACUGUUAGGAAGGGAAGGUCACUGUUGGACAGCCUGAGAGACAGGAGCAAUAUUGGAGUACACAGGAACAGAACACGUGCUUGUGGGCUUGCUGGCAUCCCUUCGGUGCGGUUAGGAAGUGGAAGGGUCUGUGGUUUACCCUUCCACUACUGGGGAAUCUAUGAACAAGGCAGACUGGAGAAAACACUGACCACAAACUCACUGCAUCCAAACAAACCAAGAAGAAAAAAUAGAAAGCAGAGACAGGCUGGGCAUGAUCACAGGAGAUUCUGCAAAUGCGGGAAAUCCAGCACAACAAGCACACAGUUUAUGGGGAGGGGGGAGUUCACUAAACAGUCAGCAUAGAUACUACCUGACCUGCUGAGUUCCUCCAGUAUUUCAUGGUUGUUGUCUUGGGAAAGAUGUGGUGUGGUGAGCACAGAUGCAGGCUGGAGCAGCAGAGUGAGUGUGAUACACUUCACUAAGGGGCUCUGAGCCCCUCCCCUAACAGGACAUUGCAUCUCAAUCCAGAGUCCUAUUACAUCACAGUGAAAUAUCUCAAAGGAUUGUCUCUUCAGACUCUUGCAGUGAGCUAAUAAGAUCAAAUUACAAGCUCUGGACUCUGAAACACUGUCAGGCAACAUCUGUAGAGAAAGGAACCAGUUUAUGUUUUGGGACAGGGUCCCCUCCUUUCAUCUCAAGCAUGUUGUGCUACGUCUUUAGCUUGUUGGAAGAGCAGCCAAAGGGAGAGUGGCAGAGGGAGUUAAACUGAAGCUUGGGUGCUUUGCUGGUCCUGAACGGUAUUGACCCCACUGAACUCUACAGCAGUAGAUAAUCCCCUGCGACAUUACCACCAGGUCACUCCUCUCCUCUCAGAUUCUCGAGGAAUACUUCAUCCAACAUGCCACACCGCACUCAGCAUGCCCCUCCACCACCAGUACUCUUCUCAUGAAACCUUCCUACAAAACAGCAGGACACACAACACCAGCCCCUCCACUAAACAGUGUCCCAAAAGCUCAUUCCACUUGAACCAAAGAUUCCCAUUUAUUAUAAUGGCUUUUCUGCUCCCUAUACACCUCUGUAGUCCUGGAAAAACCAAACAUAGAUUAUGAGACACCAAGCUGAAUAUCUUAUUCAUGUAAGACAUAACAGGAGAGUGAACAGAAAUAAAACUCGCGUUCAAGCCGCCAGUUAUAACUCAAAUCAAUUUCAAAUUCUCCCGGUAUAUGAACAAUGCUGGACAGACACAGAGUGAGGCUUCCUCCACAUUAUCUCAUCACACACUCCCAGGGUCAGACACAGAGUGAUGUUCGUCCACACCAUGCCAUCACACUCUUCUGGAACAGGAAUAAAUGAGUCAAAUUUAACUCCAAGUUUUGGGUUUUGGGUUUUAGAAGUGUCCCCACUGUGGUUCUCUCUGCUUUGAAUGUGAUAUUUAGCAUUGUGGUUGGAUUCCCUUUGUGAUCAAAUGACAAAGUCAUUUUGUGAAGAAUGUUUGGAGACAACAAACAACACAACUUGUGUUUAUGUAACCGUGAUCAGAGCCAAGUGUCUGAGUGAAAGGAUGACAUUUACUCUUGCUGCAAGACUACUCCACAGUGUGGGAACAGCCAUGUUAGCCAGAUGCGUUUACUGAGAUUUGGGAAGGGGAAACAGCGUGGAGAAGUACAGGGCAGCAAAGGUCCCAAUACUGCAGACGAGGAAGUUUGGAUGGGCAGAACUGAAGCUUCAGAACAAACUCUUUGAGAAAAACACAAUUCUUCCCAAGAGGGAAGGCACCAGGUACCAAUAUCACAUUGUCAGUAGAGUGAUAGAUAUGGAGCAGGAUUAAACAACUCUGCCAUGGGUCAUUCACAAACUCCAUGGAAACACAGGAGAUUUUGCAGAUACUGGAAAUGCAGAGUAACACUCAGCAGAUGGGGACAUCCUCUUCACUGUCAGGUUUAAAGACUGAUCUCUCAUUGAUGUUUGGUUUGUUGUGUUCCUGUUACUUCUCUGAACCCUGCGUUGUGAGCUGUGCAUGAAUUACUGUGACGUGUGUGGUAACCAUACAAUUAGAAAAUCUUCCAAACAAUUAAAAAUUAUUUUUCUGA